GGAGCGUCAUGGCGUCGCUUUGCAGAUCCGCCGCCAUGGCCACCGCGAGAUCCGUGGUGGGGCGCACCAGAUCCCUGCUCUCGAACUCCCCACCGUCGCGUAGAGCUGCCUCAACCCUGAGGAGGUCCAUGGCGCCGGCACUGGGAAGCGUCGAGUCGCUGAUGCCGCUUCACAGCGCCAUUGCAUCCGCCCGUCUCACGUCUUUCAUCGCUGUCGAUUCUUCAUGCUGGAGUUGGCUCUCCCAAGGACGUUCUUUGCCUUUGUGACCAAGGUGUGCCGGUGGCUUCAUGCUGCGCCAAUUUUAGAUUCUCAAGCCGCUGCUUGUUUGAGAUAAUAAAAAAAUUGUAUUGAUACAUUUCUAUUCAUCUCGAUCCCCUGAUGGAUUUAGGUGUGGCACAUGCUUCUGGAUUGUACUGUGUUCUUUGCAUAAAUAAAUUUGUCAAUUAAAUA